AUGAACAAACAAAAUUCUACGAUAAAACUCGUCCUCUUCAUCUCGUUACUGUUUACGAGAUUAAACUCGAUCCACACUCAAGAUCUGACAAAGCCGAAGAACGUGUCUCCAAACGACGAUGUGAAACCAGUUGAAGAGUUUAUCGAAGAAUCAUCUACCGAGGAUCAAUUUUCGUUAGAAUCGACAACGACUACGGAGUCUACGACUACCGUAGAGACCUACCAUAAGCUGAAGUCUAUCAAUGCCAAGAAAAAUAUCUCCAGAGAAUUCAGACCAAGUGUACAUUUAGGUGUAGUAUCUCAAUUUCGAGCAAAUGCAGAGGAGAUGUUCUUGAGCGAAAUUAAAGAAUCCAGAGUCAGUACCAGCCCCUUCAACGCUCUUCGCCAUUUCAACUUCGACAACGCAGUAAAUCCUGGUUCAUAUCACGAACACGUAAAAGAUUUCCAAGUAAUUUUCCAACCCGCAGUCAAGACUGUUCAAACUCUUCAAACUCCUCGGCCAGCUAAUCAAGAAAACAUUCACCAGAAUUUAUACGAAACUGCUGUUGGAUCAACUGAGGAGAGUAAAAAAGAUGGAGCAGAGAAUGGUUACGUUAAAUUUCAAGAUGAUGCGUUGGACGCUUCUAGAGUUCCGUACAGCUCUUCGAAGGACCAAACAGGUUUUCAUCAACAGGUUUCCAAUUCGCUUGUUGACAAUUCGGGGACGCAGUACGACUUAAUGGAUCAACAGAUCCAUCCAAAUUUAGAGAAACCCGUUUUCGAGCAAGAAACGUCCAUCAUUUGGGGGAAACCGUCUAAAUUUCAGAGUGAACCUCAGAGACCGGAAUUGAACGUUAAUUCUUUGAAGAAGCCAUAUUUUCCAAUAGUUUAUGAUCAUCAGGACCAACAGUCGAGUUUGCAGGAUUUUGAUUUAUCGAAGAAACCGAAUGAUGGCGUGGUUCUUGUUCAGGAAUCGUCGUUCAUGAGAACUAGAAAAUAUCCUUAUCCUUAUCAAUCAUACAGUGGAUACAAUCAGGCUGAGUUUCUUGACGACAAACGUUCGUCUAUGCUCAAGAAAAGAGUAUCUCCGUGGAAGAAGAUCUUUCAUCUGAUCGGCGCCAUUUUGCCCCUUGGUCUGCUCAUAGCUGCUCUGACUCCAAACGUCGUAAAGGUCGACAACACUACCCAGCCUAACAUCGUUUUGUCCAAAUGGAGGGUCGCUGACCUGCCGGUGGAACAUAAACAGGCGCGAUUCAACGAUCCCUUGAGUGACUGCGAGGAAAAAUCCAUCUGUGGCAUGAUCUUGGCUGGCGGUGACGUUGGAGCCACCGUGUUGCAGAACAUCUUGUGGAAUCUGGCGACAAGGUAAUUGUAAAUUGUUAAAUUGUUUGAAAAAUUAGGAACAAGAUUUUAGGAAAGAAAUUGAAUAGCUUUGUAUAUUUUCAUUAUUUCUAUAAUAUAUUAUGAUUUAAUAUGUAAUUUUUAUAUACGUGUAUGUGUAUAAUUUUGGCUGAAUGGGAAAUUAGGCAAAUAAAUUAUAUUGAAAUGAAUGUAGAAUGAUAGUCUUGUUGAACGACAGUGUUUCAAGAGCAAAUUUAACUAUAUAAUAUGUAACUAUGCCUAUGCAUAAAAUUAUGUAAUAAUUUAUAAUAUAAUAAUUAACUAUAAUUAUAAUAUAUUAUAACGUAUAAAUAGUAGAUUCAAAAUUUAAAACAAAAUCGAAGCUUCAAAAUUUAUUCUAUAUUUAGAUGUAACUCUUUAGAAUGAAAGAAUUAUAAAUUUCAAAAUAUUUGAGAAUUCUAAUUUUGUAUAUUCGUACAGUUUGUGCGAUGCAAUACAAUAUAUAAUUUUAACUGACGCGAGAGUCUUAUGAAUGGAAGACUAGAAAAACUAGUUAUGUUGAAACAAAUUCAACAUGAUAGUUUUGUUGUUCAAUAGUAAUCUUCCAAGAACAAAAAUUUCUCGAUAAAACGUUUUAUUAAGAAUGUAAUGAUACUGUUUUCAGAUUCAUUGAACUGAAGGAAUUCUCUCAAUAUAGAAAACACUUUUUUAAUACUGUUCUUUGUUACACUAUACAUUUACAUUUUAGUAUUGACAUUUUUUAAAAAUGGCUAACUUGAACUUUUCUUCAGUUCAAUGAUUCAAUAAUUAUGAGACCUGUGGAGAAUUUUUGGAAACAGGAACAGUGAUAGGUGACAGCAAGCAUAACAUUCACACUUAACGGGUUAAAAAUCGCUCCAUUAGUUCUCGAAAACGUUGCUCGUUUAACUCUGAGGCAUUCAUCAGUAUAUUUUUAACAGCCGGAUGACAGCGUCUACGUAAUUACAGAAGUGGAACAUCGAAGGCAAUACUUAAAAUACGAGUGAAUUAUUCGCGCGGUGGCAAUCCUCGUCUCUCUCGAUUUCGAAUAAAGAGAAAAAGAGAAAGAGAGAGAGAGAGAGAGAGAGAGAGAGAACAAUUUUAUUUCUAAAGAGUACUGUUGCAAACUUUUCCUCGAUUUCUAAAAUGUGAAGAGAGAACGUUUCUCCUCUAUUCCACUUAAAGAAAUUUCAAACUUACGAAAUCUCAAUGAAACCUUUGUUUUCUAAUGAAUCUCUUGCUGUUUUAUUGUCAGAACAUCGACGACUAUGGCGAAAGAAAGCGGUCUUCACGAAGUUUUCGAGGCGGUGAAGAAAAGGGAUUGUACUAACAUUCUUUGCUAA